UUAUUGCUCAGUAUUUUGAGGGCAGCAACCUAAUUAAUUACUAAUAUUUUCCCCAUCUAGAUCUCUAACUUUCAGUUAGAUUACAGGUUUUGCGACGAAUACAUCUGAAAUUAUCCUACUAAUACUUGAGAAUGGGCUCGAAUUGUUGUAAAUUUAAAAGAGGAAAGACUUCGGGUGAUAAAUUUAAUAGCAAUGAAUCACUUCAUGGGAAUAAGAGAAAGUGGAAACUGCGGAAACAAAAAAAUGCGAUGGCGGGACAGAACAGCACGGAAAACAACAAAACACCUUUAGACAAGCCUAUGUCUAUAGAUUCCGCGAAGCGAGAUGGAUUGGGUAGCGAGAAGAAAAAUGUCAGGACAAAACAACUCUCGCUUCUAACCGGAGCUUUCGCUGAAGCAAAUUGGGUCCACGAAUCGGAAUUUGAAAAGAACAUCAGAAGACGUAGACAGAUGCGAGAAGCAUUGCGAACGGCGAGAACACAUAUGGUUCUGUGGGCUUCAAACGUUACAUACUCGACGAGAGCGUUUGUUCCCGAUUAUAUUUCGCAACUCUUGCGAGGACUCGUUGUUGGCAUGCUUCGUGGAAAUAAUGUAGUGAUUAGAGGAGAAAAUUAUCUACAAACUUCUGGCGAGGAAUCAACACUCGCCAUAACUAGUCAGAACUUCGCUUCAAAUAAACAUAAGGAAACAUCAAAUUGGGAUUCAUUGUUGACGACUAGUUCCGUAGGACAUCUAAGUGCAACAAUAGAAUCUGCACCCAGCAAGAAAUCUAAAGAUUGUGAAGAACAGACUGAACUGGAAAAGUUACGAGCGGAAAAUGCCGCGUUAAGAAAAACGAAUGAAAAACUCCGAGAAAAAUUAUGGACGGCGAAGGAUGCAUUGGCGAAAUUUUCCGAACUGAGAAUCCCAGCUAAAGGCGAUGAUAAAAGAAUCAAAAAUGUUACCAAGAAAUUCCGAGUUGAUAAAUCAAACAAGCACAUUCCUGAGUCAGGAAGUUUUGAGCACAAGGCAAACAAGUUUUUCAAUCAACGCCGGAAAAGCACUUCUGUUCGAUCUUGUAAUAACAAUGUAAGAGAGGGAGGCAUUGGCGAGAAGAGCAAAAGAAAAUAUCCAGCUCCUGUGUCUGACUAUCGAGGAGUAUUUCAAACAAAUUAG